AUGGGGGACCGGGUAAUUCUCAGCUAUCAUGACUGUCUGAUUCAUGAAUCAGAUCUAAGACUUUUGGAGGGACGCAACUGGCUUAAUGACUCGCUUAUUUCUUUUUGGUUUGAACAUCUACAACAUGACAUUUUCUUGGGCAGAUCCCGACUAUUAUUUAUUAGUCCAGAAGUAACUCAGCUGAUUAAGAUGGGAGAUGCCAAUGAAUUGCCUAUAUUUCUUGAUCCUCUAGAUGCACGAUUCAAGGACUAUAUAUUCCUACCUGUGAAUGACAACUCAUCAGUUAUUGCAUCUGGUGGAAGUCAUUGGAGUCUCCUUGUAUAUAGCAGGUUUGACAACAAGUGGUAUCACUAUGAUUCCCAGAGGGGUGCUAAUUAUCGAGACGCUCGCUGCCUUGUACAAAGAAUUAACACUUAUCUGAAUAGGGAUAUACCAGCAUCCCUAAUAGAUGCUCAUUGUACACAGCAAGACAACAGUUAUGACUGUGGGGCCUUCGUUAUGACUUAUGCUCAUCAAACAGCUGCGCAAGCUGUUCAGGGAACUGCUCUAGGAACCUGCUAUGUUGACAGACAAGAAGCCAAUCGCAUGAGAGACUUGAUUAAGUCUCUUGUAUACAAACUCAGGGGGUGAAAAUUUUUAACCCCAAAGAUACAGUUCCUGCCUUAUCAACUGCCGAACUGCCGUUAAUAAACAAAAAUAACCUAUAUUGUGAUGUGUGAUGCUCUUAAAAAUAUGCUGUUUAAUGGGUGUUGCUUAUGAGAGCACCUCAGCCAAAGGUUUAGUGAUUACUGCUUGGGCAAGAUUGCUGUGAGUGAAAAGCAAUCGUUUCAGUUGCAGAGUACCUAACUUGUGCUUCUUAUGUUACUUCAGCUAACUGCAGUAUAAGCUUCAGUUUAAUUGAAGCUGUACUUACCUCAGGUUAUUGUUAUGUAUUCAGGAGAAGAGAUUUGACCUUGAUUAUGAUUUAUAAUUAAAGAUGUGAGAAAUUUUAUGGAAUAUGAAAUUCGGAAAGAAUGUACAA